AUGGAGCCGGCCGGGCCCUGCGCUUUCUGCCCGGCCGCCGAGGCCCGGCCGGCGCGCUACACCUGCCCCCGCUGUAACGUGCCCUACUGCUCGCUGCGCUGCUACCGGGCGCACGGCCCCUGCGCCGAAGACUUCUACCGGGACCAGGUGCUGGGAGAGCUCCGCGGCCGCAGCGCCUCGCCCAGCCGCCUCGCCAGCGCCCUCCGCCGGCUGCGUCAGCAACGCGAGACCGAGGACGAGCCGCAGGACGUAGGCCUCAGGCCCGGCCCGGCGCCCGGCGGCCUCGCAGGCCUCUGGGAGCGGCUGGCCCCGGCCGAGCAGGCGGCCUUCGAGCAGCUGCUGAGCCGUGGCGAGGCCGGGCGGCUGCUGCCCCCCUGGCGGCCGUGGUGGUGGCGCAGCGGGGCCGGGCCACGACUUCUGCAGGAGCUGGACGAUGCCCCGGGUGGUGAGGCCGCGGAGCCAGAGCCCGACCCUGCGAAGGCGCCGCCGGAACCCGGGAAGGAAGCCGCGGCCCCGGAGUCCCCGGCCGCCGAGGAGGCGGUUCCUGGAGACGCCCCGGGGGCCUGCGCGCCCGCGGUGCCCGCCCGGAUCCCCGCGCUGGGCAGCCUGAGCCGCGGCAGGGUCUCGCCGCUCGUGCGCUUCCAGCUGCCCAACGUGCUGUUCGCCUACGCGCACACGCUGGCCCUGUACCACGGCGGCGAGGAGGCGCUGCUCCCCGACUUCUGUGCCACGCUGCUCGCCGUUUCGGGGGCCCUGGGCGCCCAGCAAGUCUUCGCCUCCGCCGAGGAGGCCCUGCUGGCCGCCGCUCACGUGCUGGAAGCGGGCGAGCACCCGCCCGGGCCCCUGGGCACGCGGGGUGCCAUGCGCGAGGCCGCCCGCAUCCUGCUGGGCGAGGGCCCUGCUGACCAGAAGGGCUACACGCUGGCGGCGCUGGGGCACCUGGUGCAGACCCUGGGCCGGGCCCGGAGACAGGCCGAGGCUGCUGAAGUGCGGGCCCGCCUCUACCGGGCCCGCAAGAAGUGCCGAUUCCUGAUGGCGUGGACCAACGAACAUGAGGGGGCCCUCCCGGCGCUGGCUCUGGACUGUGCCUGGGCCCACCGAGCGCACACGGUGGCGGCGGGAGAGGUGGCGGCUCUCACUGGGGAGCUGGAGCGGCUCUGGGGAGGCCCCCUACCACCUGCCCCCCGGACUCUCAUUGAGGAGCUCCCUGGCUGAAGGGUGGACUCCUGGCACCAAUAAACCUGUGAAUGGUC